ACCAGAAAAAAAAAAAAGAGUUAGGGGGAAGAGAGGGAAACACAGAGAGGCAGAGGCAAGCGCAAAAAAGAAAAAGUUAUCUGAGCUCAGGGCACCCACAAAUCACUUUGUCACCAGCAAGCUCUGACAAGCACCACGAGAAAGACUGGAGAGGGAGGGAGAGAGUACGAGCAGAAGGGCAGAUUUAAGAAGAGGUGUGAACAGGGAGUUGUGUCAGCGGAGAGAGUCGAAGAAGGCAGAAGGUGUGGAUGAGCUGUGGAGGCAUAAGCGAGAUGAUACCGAUGGAUGGAUAGAGAGAAGAGAGGACACUUCCCAAAACUGUGCGAGCUAAGAAGGACUGUUACUACUACUACUACUACAACUACUACUACUGCUGCUGCUGUGUCUGGAUGGUGCACUCAUUUAAACAGAAGGUGUGUCAAACUUUAAGAUCUCUUAGAGGAGGACGGCGUUCCACUUCAUACUCAGCGCAGAGAGCAUGCUUCUGUCGCACUUCCAUGUUUGACAGUGAAGGGACGGACGGAGACACGGCAUUAAAAGCAAUUUCUCGCGUGCUGCUGCUUUAUGCUGAUCACAUGCUCUUAUUGGUGAAAAAAAAAAAAAAAGAGGUAGUUACAGCAGAGAGCACAUGUCAAGUGAGAUUGUGCAGGGGCACUGAUGAGACGUUUCUCUCGAACAGAUAGUCUGAGUGAAAUUAUUAACUGCUGUACAGUCAGGAGAAUCAGGAGUGGAUAUACUUUUCUACUCCCUCUUUCCCUUCACUGUGGGUAUUUCUUCAGCUCUUCAGCUCUGGGCUAACUCAAAGCUCAAGGGAGAUUUAUGCGAGCUAUAAAGGAAGCCAGAGGUCAUCUGAUCAAACUUCAGAAACACAAAAAUAGGAAGCUCAUUUUUCCACUUUAAGCACGAGGCUUUACAGCGUUGUUUUCUCUUCCUUCAGAGACUUUCAGAGCGAGUGUAUUUGGUAUUUGGCAUCAUUUGCAAAGACACCUCCUGGGUAUUGCAGGACAGGAAGCGGUGCCAGGUUUAAAAGCCUUGUACUCUGCCAGUAAGUAAGUUGGACUUGUUUUGCUGAGUGUUUCAUUGCUCCUUUCACAUUCGCUUGAAUGGCCUCUGGGGACGUGUAAUGAGAGACUGCAUCGGUGAGCAAUACAGCAGAGCCGACACGUGGAGUAGUAUAUGUUUGCCGUGAACAAGACAGUAUUCAGUUUAACGUCGGAGCUCGAAGACAAUAACAAGUCGGCGUACGGGUACAGAACCAGGUCUGUGGACUGUUUUUGUGUGGGAACGUACGGGUGCGGUAGCGGCCUUCUCAUUCACCGGAGUCACCGGAGUGUGUUUGUGUGUGUGUGUGUGUGUGUGUGUGUGUGUGCAUGUUUUAAUGGACUCUUAGCAUUUGACAGCUCCGCUUCAGAGUCUGGGACGUCACUGUGUAACCUGGGCUGUUGAGUCAGAGGCUGGCUCAUCCCUCCAUGUCUGUCUGCCCACGGGGAUUCUCUCCACCUGCCUCUGUACAAAGACGACGCGAGUGUUAGGUGCUUUUUACGGGAGCAGCGACAGCUGCGGCACCGGUGAAUUUUCAGGAGUCUCCACACUGCCCUAAUUGUUCUGUCGUGUGUAAACAUCUUACGUCAGUCACACCUCUCCACAGAGUGAUUCACUGUCCCCAAGCAUCUCCGGAGAGAGGCAGGCGGUUGAGAGAAAAAAAAAAGGUGAGGGAGAGUUUGCUAGGAACCAAAGAGCACAGGGGUGGUUGGACUGACGAGGCCGUCACCAUGAAACUGUGGCUGCUGGUGUUGAUGGCCGUGUACACGGUGGGCAAGGUUAGCGGCAUGUCCACGUGUAAGACCGUGGACCUGGAGAUGGUGAAGAAGAAGCGCAUCGAGGCCAUCAGGAGCCAGAUUCUCAGCAAGCUGCGGCUGUCGAAGGCGCCCGAGCCCAGCGAGUCCGGGGAAACGGAGGACAUCCCCACCAACCUGCUGUCGCUCUACAACAGCACCAAGGACCUGCUGAAGGAGGUCGAGGUCCAGACAGAAGUCACCACGGAGCAGGAGGAGGAGGAGUACUUCGCCAAGGUGCUGCACAAGUUCAACAUGACCAACAAAAACAACACAGACACCAAGAAAGAGAAAAUCAUCCCCAUGUCCUUCAACAUGUCUGAGAUACGGAGCAGCAUAGGGGAACACCGCCUGCUGACCAGCGCAGAACUACGGAUGUUCAUUAAAAAGACCAGGUUUUCCGAUGACAAGGAGAACCGCGAACAACGAGUGGACCUCUACUACGUUAGGGACACGUUACCCCACUACCACGCUUCCCGCCUCAUCAACAAGAACUGGAACGAGAAAUGGCUGACGUUCGAUGUCACUGAACCUCUGAGGAUCUGGCUCCAAGGGACCGAGAACGAACAGAGCUUUCAGCUCCGGCUGUUCUGCGACUGCGACAAGCCGGCGGACAGCUGCAGCUUCAAGUUCACCAUCUUUGGGAUUGACCGUCGUCGGGGGGACCUGCAGACUAUGGAGUCGCUGACAUGGCAGCCGCCCUACAUCCUGACCAUGUCCACCAACCAAAACAUCAGCAGCCACCUCACUGGACGCAAGAAGCGCUCCACGGAUUCAAAGGACACCUGCUCAGCCCAAGAAGAGAACUGCUGCGUACGGAGCUUAUACAUCGACUUCAGGAAAGACCUCGGCUGGAAGUGGAUAAACAAGCCGACGGGCUACCACGCCAACUACUGCAUGGGGUCCUGCACCUACAUCUGGAGUUCUGAAAACAAAUAUUCUCAGAUUUUGGCCUUGUAUAAGCAACACAACCCGGGAGCCUCUGCCCAGCCCUGCUGUGUCCCUCAGGCCCUGGAUCCACUACCAAUCCUAUACUACGUGGGCAGGCAACACAGGGUGGAGCAGCUGUCCAAUAUGAUUGUGAAGUCCUGCAAGUGUAGCUAAAAAUACCACAUGGCACACUGAUCUGCUUCCUCUCAGAACACGCACGGAUGGAAAAAAACUGUGUGUGAGACUGCCGAGAAGAGCGUGUGACUAAGAAAAGAAAGGAAGAAAAAAAUAAACGAUAAUGUGGACGAGGGGAACACAAUAUUUAAAGUCAUUAGACUCUCCAGCUUUUCUCCCGCAGGCCAUCCAUUAUCACUUCGGACGGACACAAAAACAACAACGGACUACUUUAUAACGAUAUCAUCAUGUUUAUGUACAGUCCAUACUUUGUUUUUUUUUCUCUCUUCAGUAGUAAAAAAAUGUCUGUCUUGAAAUGAAUUAAUUUAUUUGUUGGAUGGACGGAUCUUUAAAGAAGUGGCAUACAAGUGUGACAUGGAAAAAAAGGAUUAAAAUUAUUUGUAGAAAAAAAAGAAACUAAAAGAAAGAAAGGUGGACCCAAAAAGAAAAUCAGGACCAAAAACUGAGGACUCGGAUGGAAGAACUUUUCGUUUUGAUUAGUGCCUGGGACAUUUUUUGUUUGCAGGCAUCAGCUUCCCAGAAAAAAAAAAAAAAAAAAAAAAAAAAAAAAAGGUGCUAUACGACAGGUGGAAAACUGUGGUCGGGGCUUUCCUAGAAGAUAAUGCUGCAGGUGUUUUUGAAGAGAGCGACAUUGUAAAGGAUGGAAAAAAAUAAAAAAAACCCCAACAGGGGUAGUUCGAACCUCAGGGACACUCCCCCUGACUGAGAGGCUGGACAAGCAACCGAGCAACAUUUCCCAAGAACCGUCCAUCAGUUUUUACUGUACUGGCUUUGUUUGUUUUGUUUUUUUUUUUUACAACGCCGUCUUUGUCAGCAUGUUUGUGUUCAUAAUUGAAUAUCAGAAUGUCCUUGAGGCCUCCUGGUCUGUCAAAGCAAUGAGUAACAUGGGUGGUUUUCAGAGUGAUGACAGCAUGUUUUUCACCCACUUGGGGUUUCACAGCCAGCGUUGUUGUCUUUAGAUGGUGAGGGAUGUGGUCGUGGUGUUGGUGUUAGGGAAGCCAUUUAGACGUUAUUUAAUCUUAAUGGUAAAUUAUUCUCUUUUUAUUUCGGGAGUUUUGAGGAGGAUUUUUUUAUUUUUUUUUUAACUUUCGUCUGAAAUGUAAUUUUUCUUUUUUUUCCACAUUUGAUUCAGCUUCUAUGAUUCGCUUUAGUUAUAAAAUCAGCACAAUUGUCAGCUCUUGAUAUUUUGUUUUUUUAUAGUGCACUUACUAUUUGAAACUUGUUUUUGUAAAUAUUAAAAAAAAAAUAAAAAAUGAAAUAAACAAGUUAAAUUAUCAAAA